AUGCAUUGUUUAUGGGUUUUUGCAGCCCGAAAAGCUCGACCUGGCCUCGGUCUAUGCUCUAGAACUGCCACUAUACAAACUUGUUCCAACGACCCAAUUAGCAAAUUUUCUCAAAAUGAAAAAAGAGUCCAUCCAAAUGCAGACUGUGAAGUUAAGUUAAAAUCAGGAUCAGUAUUUUGUAACUUGUCAAUUAUCCGCAUUGGAGCAACACCGUUGAGUUCCAAUAAUGGAAGACGAAUCUCUACACUACAUACCCAUCUUUAUCAAGAAGCAAGGAAUUUCUGUAAAUCUUCAGAACAAGAAAUACAGAAGGAUUUGUUCGAUUCUGCUGGUUCAUUAUCUUCUGGUGGCAUUAAUAGUGAAAUGGAAGAGUUUGAUAUCGAUACUGCAGAUGCUGAUUGUGCCGGACGUCCAAAUGUUGGGAAGUCAGCACUAUUUAAUCGUUUGAUACGAAGGAGGGAGGCCCUUGUUUACAACACUCCUAAUGACCAUGUUACACGGGAUAUACGAGAUGGGGUUGCUAAAUUGGGAGAUUUGCGGUUUAGAGUUUUGGAUUCAGCUGGCUUGGAAGCAGAGGUUUCGUCAAGUUCUGUUCUUGGCAGAACAGCAUCAAUGACAAAAACUGUAUUGGCGAGCUCCCAAUUUGCACUCUUCCUAGUAGAUGCAAGAGAUGGACUACAGCCCAUGGAUUUAGAUGUUGGAAAAUGGUUGAGGAAGCAUGCUUCUGGAAUCAAGACUCUUGUGGUGAUGAAUAAAGCUGAGUUGCUUGAUGACAUCAGUGGUUCUCUAGCUGCUGCUGCUGGUGAAGCUUACACAUUAGGAUUUGGUGAUCCCAUUGCUUUGUCUGCUGAAACUGGAUUGGGAAUGACAGAACUAUAUGAAGCUUUAAGGCCGUUGCUGGAGGACUACGUGCUCCGCAUCUUAAAAGAUGAGGAUAUCCACCAAAUUGGCUCCCGUGAGGAUGAGGACAUUGAGUCUAAGCUCCCACUACAAUUGGCAAUCGUAGGGAGGCCAAAUGUUGGAAAGUCAACGUUGCUAAAUGCAAUCUUGCAAGAAAAUCGAGUUUUGGUUGGACCUGAGGCUGGUUUGACCAGAGAUUCAAUUCGAGUUCAAUUCCAGUACGAUGGGAGAAACAUAUUUCUGGUCGACACUGCAGGUUGGUUGGAAAGGACAAAACAAGACAAGGGGGCAUCAUCCUUGAGCAUUAUGCAAUCAAGAAAACAUCUUAUGAGGGCGCAUGUGGUCGCUUUAGUUCUGGAUGCUGAAGAGAUUGCGAGAGAUAGACGGAGCAUGAAACAUGCUGAAGUAGUCAUAGCGCGGCGAGCAGUAGAAGAAGGACGAGGUUUGGUGGUGGUUGUGAACAAGAUGGACCUUCUAAAAGGGAAACAAAAUUCAAAGAUAUAUGAGAGAGUCAUCGAAGCUGUCCCUGAAGAAAUUCAGACCGUUAUACCCCAGGUCUCAGGGAUACCCGUGGUAUUUGUUUCUGCACUGGAAGGAAAGGGGCGGAUUGCUGUGAUGCGCGAGGUUGUUGAUACCUAUGAAAAGUGGUGUCUCAGACUGCCAACAGCUCGUCUUAACCGCUGGUUACGCAAGGUUAUGAGCAGACAUUCUUGGAAAGAUCAGGCUGCUCAACCUAAAAUAAAGUAUUUUACUCAGGUGAAAGCCCGACCACCUACUUUCGUUGCAUUUGUGAGUGCGAAGACGCGACUAUCAGAUACAGACUUGAGGUUCUUAACAAAAUCUCUGAAGGAAGACUUCAAUUUGGGAGGAAUUCCUGUCCGAAUAAUGCAGCGUACUGCACCAAAAAAUUCUGAGGUUAAAACUGUUGUCAGCAAGAACAAAUUGGCUGCAGGAAGAACGUCCGAAAGAGUAGUUUCCGACAAAAGAAGUAUAUCCGUGCUCUAG